AUGGCUAAAAGACCCUUAGGUUUAGGUAAACAAAGUAGAGAAAAGAAAAGAAAGGUGGAAAGUGUCGAAAAGAAGAGCGAUGAACCUUCCAGAGAAUCCACACCUGUGAGAAGUCAAAUGAGUGUUGAGCUUGACGAUGAUGCUGAUUUAGAUGACGAAUUAGCUCAGCUGAAAGGACUGUGGUCUAAAUAUUUUCACUCUGACAGAGACGACGAAUAUGUUUUAAAUGGAAUCGUUCACGAAUGUGACAGAUUAUUGCGUCUUUCUGAAGAAGAUAAAGAGAUUAAGAAGACGCUGAACGAUAUUUUCCAUGGUAUAUAUGCUCUGGCUUUAUCUGAAUUGACUAUUUUCAAGGCAGGCGAUGAGGAAGCCACUGAAGAAAAGAGAAAAAAAGAUGUAUCCUCAUUUUUUGAAAGUGCUAUCGAAAGAGUCGAAUUAGGUCUUUCGCAUUUCCCUGAAUCCCAAUUUCUAAAACUAGUUUUAGCAAAGAUAAUUUUCCAAAGGAUUCCGUUGGAAUAUAUUUCCAAUCUCCAUUUGAAAUCGAAGGAUAAAAAACUUGAUCUUGUAGGACAGCUUGAACAUGGUAAGAAGCAUUUUUCAAUUUAUGAAAACGAUACUGAAUUUACUUUUGAAAUCCUACAAAUGGUGAAUGACUUAUUGGACAUCGUCGAGAAUUUUGGUCGCGAACAAUCUAUUCAAGAGGGCAUAGAUAGCGAUAAUGAAGAGGAAGAGGAACUCAUUGAUAUUGAGUUGGAACCAGAACACCCUGUAUAUCCCCUACAACAAUCGCUAGAAGCGAAUUACGAGUGGCUAAGAAACCAUUUUGAUAAAUUGCUUGACAACACAAAUACAGAUGUGAAAAUCUAUGCAUCAAUAGCUAACACCCUAGGGGAACUAUACCUAAAAAAAGCUGAAGAACCAAGUAAAGUUUUCUUAAGCCUACAGUACGAUGAUGGCGGUUCUGAAAAGGUUAGCGACAAGGAAGCCAAGAACGCCCAAGAAACCGCUUUGAAGCACACAAAAAAGGCUUUAGAAUACUUGGAAAAGGCUAAACUGGAGGAUGAUCCGGACACCUGGGUUCAAGUCGCCGAAGCAUAUAUUGACCUAGGUAACCUGCUUGACAAUGAAAGUGCUGAACAAGAAGAAGCUUACAAAACCGCCGAAGAAAUCUUAGGCAAAGCAAACAAGGCUUCUCAUGGUAAAUUUCAAGAUGUCCUGGACAAUUUCUUACAAGGCUGA